AGCAUCUGGGUCCUGAUGUGGAGCUCACUAAACACUGUGCCUCAUGCCUUUGCAGGAGAAGAGUCCCUGACCAUUUUUGUGGACAAGCGCAAGCUCAGUCGGAAAGCGGAAGCUGGCGGCCUGGCAGGAAGUGGUGGGAGCAAUGCCACAGUCUCCUUGGAAACCCUGCACCAGCUGGCAGCCUCGUACUUCAUUGACCGAGAGAGCACUCUGCGGCGCCUCCAUCACAUCCAGAUAGCAACAGCUGCCAUCAAGGUCACUGAAACCAGAACGGGGCCACUUGGCUGCAGUAACUACGACAACCUGGAUUCUGUGAGCUCUGUUCUUGUCCAGAGCCCUGAGAACAAAGUUCAACUUCUCGGCCUGCAAGCCCUGCUGCCCGAGUACUUGCGUGAACGCUUUGUGGCUGCUGCCUUGAGCUACAUCACCUGCAAUUCGGAGGGGGAGCUGAUAUGCCGAGAGAAUGACUGCUGGUGUUACUGUGGGUUCGGUUUCCCACAAUGCAACUGCCCCGAGGCUGACAUCCAGGCUAUGGAACAGAGCCUUUUUCAGAUCCAGGGAGUUUGGGAGAACCACAACCAACAGUUUCGGGAAUCAGGUGAGUUUGGGAAACAUGGGUCUCAUGGGGAACGUGACGAUGGGUGGAUGAUUGCCCACAUCCAGUUGACUCAGCAAGGAAGGAGGAUGACAGGUGACUGAGGCAAGGAGCCAUUCACUGUUGCACCUCUCUUGUGAACAGCCUGGCAGAGAAUGCAGAUGAGCCAGAAGACGAAGCAAGCGGUGAAGGCAGGUCUUGUGAGAUGCCAGCCACUGCAACAACCACAAGAAGGGCAGGCACAUUUACUCAGUGAACCAGAGGAGACUAGGAAAAUGUGGGGAGGCAAGAUUGGCUGAGUGUGUGGUGAUGGAGCUCAGCUUGAAGAUAAACGUCUGGAAAGGGAGAAAGACAGCAGGAUGAACUGGAAGCAAUUUUGGGAACUUCCUUUAAACUUGGUUGGAAACCAGAACCUAUAGUUUGUAAAAAGAGCCAGCUAGGAAGUGCUUGACCAUUGAUGGUUAUUGACAUCUGGCGGUCGACCAGCUGAACCUGAGGGAGAGUGGCAGUUCUGGGGCUCUGAGGGCUUCCUUAAGUAAAUUAGCAGCAGUGGCUUUUCCUAAAUUUUUAUGUUAGAAGAAGGUAGACACAGCAUUUUUUUUAGAGUCGUGGGGCUAAUUCAAAUGUGUCAUCAAUGUGUUCAAUACAAAUAGAUCUUUUCCUGUCCCCAGGUUAAUUCUGCGUAUUUCCAGCAUGGUCAGUUAGGAAAAACAAAAUGUUCACGAUCAUACUACAAGUAACAGCUGCUGAGAACAGCUUAAACAUAUAACCACUAAAUCAGUGUAUUAUAAAACCAAAAACAAAUUGAUCAGAAGAUAAGUAUGAACCUUAUCAAGGCAAAUAAAUAGAUAAAUACACAUGCAAAGCAAUUAUUUUAAUAAUAGCUGAAGAA